GAUUUUCUCCACUUGGAAGUAGGGGGGACUCUGGGGGCGGAGUUAAUUGAAAAUGAGUACAAGUUUUUUGUUAGGACUAAAAAUUUGGCACUUAUCUUUCUGACCAGUGUACUGAAAAUGACACGAUUCAAUGGUUGUAUCGAUUUACAUAAUGGCCAAGUAAAACAAAUCGUUGGAGGCUCACUGAAUGAUAAUGUACCUGAAACUCUUCGUACAAACUUUGUAUCCAAAGAAUCUCCAAAUUAUUAUGCUGAACUUUAUAAAAAGAAUAAAGUUACUCGUUGUCACGUUAUUAAACUAGGAGCUAACAACGAUAUUGCCGCGAAAGAAGCUCUCAAAACUUGGCCUCAAGGUUUACAAGUGGGUGGCGGUAUCAACCUAGAUAAUGCACAAGAGUGGCUAGAAGCUGGUGCCUCCAAAGUCAUUGUUACCAGUUAUUUAUUUCCAAAUUCAAAAUUUUCCUUGCAACGACUUGAGGAGCUUUGCAAAAAGAUUGGGAAAGAUAAGUUAGUUGUAGAUGUUAGCUGUCGACGAGUGGAAAACAAGUGGGUAGUGGCUAUGAACAAGUGGCAAACAAUGACAGAUAUGACAGUGAACGAGGAAACACUAAAUAUGUUAUCCAAGUAUUGUAGCGAAUUCCUUAUUCAUGCUGCAGACGUAGAAGGAUUAUGCAAAGGUAUUGAUGAAGAACUUGUGGAAUGUUUAGGAAGGUGGGUGACUAUUCCCACGACAUAUGCUGGUGGAGGACGUUCAUUGAAUGAUUUAGCACUAGUGGAGAAAUUAUCCAAUGGCAAAGUAGAUUUGACAUUUGGGAGUGCUUUGGAUAUUUUCGGUGGAAAUGGUAUCACAUUUGAUGAAUGUAUAAAGUGGAAUCAAUCUCACUAGUGAAAUGUAAUUGAAGAUGGAAAAAAUUAUAGAAAUCAUGCGUUUUAUCAUUCAAAAUAAAUCAAAUCAUUUGACUCAUCCAGCAUUCACUAGUUUAUCAGAUGUAUUCAUUUCUAGUAGUUGAUAUUUCAAUGUUUGAUAUCAAUGUUUAUCGAAAUAACUUUUUGAAUGGACACGUUGAUUGAAUCUUUUUUUAUCUAAAAUGGUUAAUCAAUAAAAGAAAAGAGG